AUGGGAGAAGGCGCUAAGGUCUCUUUGGAUGAUGAGAUGGGUUUAGCAUGCAGAAAGGAGCCUCCGGACAAAGGCUUUUAUUCGAACAAUGAUAUUACUUUGUAUGUUGAUCUGGGUUCACAAGACCCUGAUCAUCGAAGCACAGAAGAGCAUCAGGAUGCAAUUAGUAUCCCCUCUCAGUCAGAUUCUCAACAUUCGAAUUUUGAUUUAAGGGGAAAUGAGCAGCAUGAAGAAACCCAAAGUAUUCCCCAUAUGGGUAUGACUACUAGAUCCAGGUCUAGCAAACUUUCUCAAUCCGCACCUUUAAAUGAUUAA